AAGGGGAAAGACUCAGGGGCUGUGGAGAGGAGAGAAGAAGAGAGAAAAACAACUGCACUGAGAACAAGGAGACGAGUAUGGGAGCACUUAGAGGGGAGGUGGAUAUUCCUCUUCUUGUGGAUGAAGCUCUCGUCUGGACAAGGAUUUCUCUCAUCUGACAGACAUGACGUGAGAAGGUACUAACAGUUCUCAGGCUUUCAACGCUCAUCCUCCACAUCUGCCGAUGAGUUGCCAGCUGCUCUGUGAUGGAAGAGAAAUUGAGGACAUCAGUGGCACGUCCGAUGGAGACCAUCCAAAAGUGUGCCUUACUGCUAUGGGUUCUUAUGUUUGCUUUAGCAAGAUCAGAGAAUGAGAUAAUGACACUCAGAAGUACAGAGUCAGUGAGCCCCCACUGCCAUGGGAGUAUCUCCUUGUCCUGCAACAUCAGCUCCCUUGAUGAGCCCACCAUCUUCCUUUUUGCAUGGUAUGCUCCUAAUGGAAGAGCUCUGUGUGAGCUGAAGAAUGGGAACAUCAGCACCCAUAAUGGAGUGAACUGUGUCUAUAAAGACCAACAACUGGUCUUGACCAUUGGUCAUACAAAACCAACCCACGAGGGGAAGUAUCUCUGCAAGCUGCACUCCAAUGUAGGAGCAAAGCAAUCCUACUCUCAACUGAACAUACAAGAGUGCCUCCACAGCCUCCAUGUCCACAGCCAUGAUGGAAACUCAACGUGUCAUGCCAGAGGCGUCUACCCAGAGGCCCACAUCCACUGGUUCCAGGGGUCCAACAACCUGACCGACUCCUCAGUGGCCCACCCCAGAGUACGGUCCGAGGACGGCACCUAUGAGAUAGCCAGCACGCUUCUCCACCGACCCCACUCCACUCCGAACUGCUCCCUGUGGAGCCCGAGCUCAGGGAGAUACCUCAGCAGCACACGGAGACAUGAAAAGAUGGCGUAUGCAGAGGAAGUCACGGGGAGCUCUAAGGCCAGCAGUUAUGGAGGCGCCGGGACUUCUAUGGCCCUUUUAGCUGCAGCACUCAUUCUGUUGUAAAAAACAUUUGCACUGUUCAUUAAAUAACUAGGGUGCUGAUGUCUAUGCAAGUUAGUAGCUAAUAACACUGUGCAUUGUUACUGAGUCUGUUCUCAUACUGACCUAACUGAUUCUUUUUUUACUGUACAGCACU